GGGGUGGCUGAGCAAAAAUGGCUACGUAUGACGACGAGUAUAUCGACAGCUAUUUCUAUUCAUCUUACAACCCAUACGCUUACAGGUACACUAAACCGAAAGGUAUGGGGAGGAAACAAAAAACCUACCUGAACUACGGUGACCCAGAGGCUUACUUUGACACCCACCGCGCGCACCUGAAAUCUGUCUUGUCACAAAUCAAUCCCAAACUGACGCCAAGGCUGCGGAGGGCAAAUACCCACGACGUCGGGGUGCAGGUGAACCCGAAGACCGACGCCUCGGUGCAGUGUUCCCUAGGACCGAGAACCUUAAUGGCCAGAAAGAGAGACGCUUUGCGUAAAAGGAGUCAAGAGGAUCCCCAGUCACCCGGUAGCCCCGUCGGCGGAGUUCGCUAUCCUCGCUCUCUGGCUGUUUACUCACCGAUUGCAACCAGAAGACUUGCCUCCUUUCUCGAGGAAAACAAGCGGGAGUCUCGUGGAGCACAGACGAGAGAACAGAAGGAGGAUGUAAAGGUAAACACGGACGACAAAACGAGUGAAGAAAAAUCUGGACCAGGAACGAAGUCUACAAAGGUAAACGGUCAGUCGAUAAAGACUGAUGAAGUUGAAGUCGACAAAGAAGGAUCGAAAUCAAAGGCCCGCGUGAGAUUUCAGUUUCUGGAGCAGAAGUACGGGUACUAUCACUGCCGAGAAUGUAACUUGCGGUGGGAGAGCGCUUAUGUUUGGUGCGUCCAGGGAACAAACAAGGUCUACUUCAAACAGUUCUGUAGAACGUGCCAGAAAUCCUUCAACCCUUACCGUGUCGAGGACAUCACCUGUCAGAACUGCAACAAGGCGCGCUGCUCGUGCGCAGUGACGCCGCGCCACGUGGACCCCAAACGUCCCCAUAGACAGGACCUCUGCGGCAGGUGCAAGGGCAAGCGCCUCUCGUGCGACAGCACAUUCAGUUUCAAAUACAUCAUUUAGCGUAGGCCACCCUGUAGUCGAACUGUACCCACACACAUCCACGUUAAUCCUGCGGGAAGCGUUGCCGCGAGUCAAGAGGAGCACCGUUAUUUUUCAGUUCAACUGCCCUUAUUUGCGUUAUGAAAGUGAUGAUUGCUGGAGCCACUUUUGAAUGUACAAUAAAACGGCAUCAUUAAGCA